GAGAUAAAUUUAUUAAAUGACAAAACUACCCUUCAAACCCUUUAAUUGAUAAGCUUUCACAAGUGCUGCUUAUGGUCUUAGCUUCCAGAUUUCUUCUCUUCUUCAUUGCAGUGAGAAUCACUCUUUCAUUUGGGUAUACUCAACUUUUUAUUUUCGAUUGAAGCCAUAGAUGGGUGAUUGAAGAACUUCUUUACCAAUAACCUUCAACUUUCAAGUUUCUAACAAGACAAAUGGAAAUUCAGAAAUCUUCAAUGCAACCACCAAAAAGAUCAAGACGAAGACGAUCAACACCGUCAACUCGAAGGACAUGGACUCCUACAGAAGAAAGUACUCUUAUAAAUGGUUUGAAAGAGUUAUGUGUUAAUGGUUGGAGAGCUGAUAAUGGAACUUUUAGGCCAGGAUAUCUGAUGGAGUUGGAGGCCUAUUUGCAUGAACGUCAUCCUGAAAGUGGCUUGAAAGGUGAACCACAUGUCAAUUCUAAAUUAAAAUUUUGGAAGAGAUGUUAUGCAAGCUUAAGUUUACUAAAAGGUAGGAGUGGUUUGGGAUUUCAAUAUAGUGAUGGAACUAUAAUUAUUGAUGAUCCAAAAGAAUGGGAUAAAUUUUUAAAGGAUGAUCCUGGUGCAAGCAAGAUGAAUACUAAAAAAUGGCCACUGUUUGCUGAUUGGGAGGAAAUUUUUGGAAAAGAUAGGGCAACUGGAGAACAUGCAGAAGGGCCACUGGAUGCUGUUGAGGAUAUCUUAAAGAGUCAAACAUUAGGACUUUCUACUGAUAUGAGUUUAGGAUUUCUUAUCAAUGUUGAUGACGAUGAAUAUGAAGAUGAAGCUAGUCAUGGACCUAAUGCACCUACUGAAGAAGCUGAAAAUACUGAUACAAGACAUAAUUUUACUCAAACAACUGAAAAUGAAUAUGCUCGAGGAUCUCCUCAUGAACAUACUGGACCAUCUGAAAAGCAAGGUGAAUAUGCUAAAACAUCUUCUUCUAGUGUCAAUGAAAAAGAAAAAGGCAAGAAAAGAAAGAGGGUUGUGGAAGAUGUUAAUGAAACAUCUCUCAAGAGUAUGGCGGAAGUUAUGAAAAAUUUUACUGAAAGCCAAGAUAAAAGAAUUGGUUCCUUGAUCGAAAAGAUUGGAAAUCAUGACCACUCUGAUAUGCGUGGUCAAAUUUAUUCCAUCAUUGAAUCUCCUACAUUUGAUUUGUACACCAUAGAGCAAGGUAUCAAAGAUAAAAAGGUUAUUUGUGAAGAUGUCAAAAAUAUGGAAAUAUUUUUACGUAUGGGUGAGCUUGAGCGCCAUACAAUGAUGUUCAUGGUUGUCAAUGAUAAACUUUCAAGUAUGAUAAGCUUGUGUAUAUAAAUGGUGGCACUAGUGUGAUAGUUUUUGCUCAACUAAUAGUUUCAAAUCAAAACUUUAUUGGAGUGCCAUUUUUUGAUCCUCUAGUUAUGUUCACUCUUUUGUGUAUGACUAAUGUAGGUCAUGAGGAUGCUAGAAUCUUUUGUAUAUGUAAAAUCUA